GACCCAGGGCAGGACAAGGCUCCAGCCUUCUGGUUUUCAUAACAGCAGCCCCCUCCAGUAGGGUUGAGGCAGGGGAGGAGCUUGCCCAAACUCAAAUAAACACUGACAUGCAGCAUCUUAUGAGGAUGUGUAGCCUCCACAGGACACAUUGCAACAGCUAGAAGGACAAGGACAGCUGAAACUCUCCGGCAAGAUGAUCAAGUCCUUCAAGCAAACAUUUCUGUCCCUGGAUCUACAGUCCCCUCGUUGGAGCUCAGUAGAGGCAAUGGCAAAGGACUACGAACUGCGUCAGUAUGAGACAGCAAAGUGGGUCAGCACAGUCAUUAGGGGAGAAACCCAGAAGGAAGCAAUGCGCCAGGGCUUCUGGAAACUCUUCCACUACAUCCAGGGAAAGAAUGAAAAAGAGGUGAAGAUUGACAUGACUGUGCCAGUGACCUGCCUGGUAAAAUCAGGCUGCACAGACUUCAAGAUCUCUUUCUUUGUGCCAUUUGAACACCAGGACAGCCCCCCCCAGCCCACUGACUCGGAUGUGUUCAUUGAGGAACGGAAGGCAGCAGCUCUCUUUGUCCGGUCCUUCGGUGGAUUUGCCUCUCCAGAGAAAUAUGCUGAGGAAGCUGAUGCCUUGGCCAGAACCUUAAGGAACAGAGGCCAACCAUUCCACGAAGACUUCUUUUAUACUGCAGGCUAUGACAGUCCCUUCAAGCUCUUUAACAGGCAUAAUGAAGUGUGGUAUUUUAAAAAGUAACAUGAUGGGGGAAUAUUGAGAGGCUACUAAUCAGCUCUGGAUGAAAUCAGAUCUUAUUACUGGCUUUUGUUUUAGUGCAGGAAAGAUUUAACUUGCAUGUGGAAACAAUGCCUAAAUUUAUUUUCUCUGGGAUGAUGUACUGUCCUGGAUAAAAACACUUUGAAAUGUAAUUCAAGAUCACAUCAGGUGGAGUGGGCAGGAAACAAACUUACUCCUCUUACUGAAAGGUUCUAAGCAACACUAAUAAUCUGAAAAUAAUCCUGCUCAAGCUUUACUUCUCACUAGAAGUGCUACAGCACCAGUUGAAGUGUUAUGAGUUUUUCCAUAAUCGAUUUUCAUAAGCUGACUUUCUUGGUAUUGACAUCACCCUUGAGACCAGGGAGGAAUUUAAAUGAAUAUUUCAGAGAAGCAAGUUUCCAUGAAGGAGCACUAGAAAGCAGUAACAUCUUAGCAGGCCUUACUGACUUACCAACAGCAAUUAUAUCAUUAAAAUCUCCCACCUCUCCAACUUUACUUUUUCCCCUCAUGAAGGCUAAAUAUUGUGUUGUUUAAAUGCAAAACCCUUGGAAAAGGGUUACUGAAUCCAAGCCAUGCAACUGUUCUGAGAAAAUCUGCACCUGAACAUGUAAUACCAGAAUUACUGGUGGACUAUUAUUUUAGUAGCAAAUUUACAAGUAGUAAAAACUUGAAAUACUCUUCAA